ACAAUGCACAGGGCGGCGGCGGCGGCGGCGGCGGCGGCGACUGCUAGGGAGGUAGCCGGGGCGGCUAGAGCAGCAGCAGCGGCAGCGGCAGCGGCAGCAAGCAGCAAGCAGCAAGCAGCAAGCAGCAGCAAGCAGCAGCAGCAGCAAGAACAGCAGCAGCAAGAGCAGGAGCAGCAGAGGCAGCGGCAGCGGCAGUGGCAGUGGCAGCAGUAGCUUUGCCCGAGGCGUGGGGACAGCUCCAGGGCUCUAGUUCACGAGAGAUGGCCAGCGCCUAAGGUCGGCUGCCUAAAUAAUCCUCGCCCUGCCGGGAGGCUGCCCAAGCUUCUUUGGCUGCGGGGAGUGGCGGCGGCUCAUGCGGGAUUCGGCCUCAGCAGAAGACAUAGAGGCGCUGGUGGUCGGAGGAGCGUUAGGAGCAUCGGCUUGGGGACGAGGCCCGAGCGGGCGCCGCCAGCACCAUGGCCGCGUCCGAGCUCUACACAAAGUUUGCCAGGGUUUGGAUACCUGAUCCUGAAGAAGUCUGGAAAUCAGCAGAGCUGCUCAAAGAUUAUAAACCAGGAGAUAAAGUGCUUCAGCUACGCCUUGAGGGAGGCAAGGACUUGGAAUAUCGCCUAGAUUCAAAGACAAAAGAAUUACCUCACUUGCGGAACCCUGAUAUUCUUGUGGGUGAAAAUGACCUUACAGCUCUCAGUUAUCUUCAUGAACCAGCUGUGCUCCAUAAUCUCAGAGUCCGUUUUAUUGAUUCCAAACUUAUUUAUACCUAUUGUGGUAUUGUUUUAGUAGCUAUAAAUCCCUAUGAACAGCUGCCUAUCUAUGGCGAAGAUAUCAUUAAUGCAUAUAGUGGCCAGAACAUGGGAGAUAUGGAUCCUCACAUCUUUGCUGUGGCAGAAGAGGCUUAUAAGCAGAUGGCCAGGGAUGAACGGAAUCAGUCUAUCAUUGUAAGUGGAGAGUCUGGUGCAGGAAAGACAGUCUCUGCUAAGUAUGCCAUGAGAUACUUUGCAACUGUGAGUGGUUCUGCCAGUGAAGCCAAUGUUGAAGAGAAAGUCCUAGCUUCUAACCCCAUUAUGGAGUCAAUUGGAAAUGCUAAGACAACGAGGAAUGAUAAUAGCAGCCGUUUUGGAAAAUAUAUUGAAAUUGGUUUUGAUAAGAGAUAUCGAAUUAUUGGUGCCAACAUGAGAACUUAUCUAUUGGAAAAAUCCAGAGUGGUGUUCCAGGCAGAAGAGGAGAGAAACUAUCAUAUUUUCUACCAGCUGUGUGCCUCAGCAAAGUUACCUGAAUUUAAAAUGCUACGAUUAGGCAAUGCUGAUUUCUUCCACUACACAAAGCAAGGAGGCAGCCCCAUAAUUGAAGGGAUCGAUGAUGCUAAGGAAAUGAUGCAUACAAGGCAGGCCUGUACUUUACUAGGAAUUAAUGAGUCCUAUCAGAUGGGAAUUUUCCGAAUACUUGCUGGCAUCCUUCACCUAGGCAAUGUUGGGUUUACUUCCCGGGACUCAGAUAGCUGCUCAGUACCUCCAAAACAUGAACCUCUUAGCAUUUUCUGUGAACUUAUGGGAGUUGAAUAUGAAGAAAUGUCUCAUUGGCUUUGCCAUAGGAAGCUGGCUACUGCAACUGAGACCUACAUCAAACCAAUUUCUAAGUUGCAGGCCACUAAUGCUCGGGAUGCCUUGGCCAAACAUAUUUAUGCUAAGCUCUUUAACUGGAUUGUAGAUCAUGUCAAUCAAGCUCUCCAUUCUGCUGUAAAGCAACACUCUUUUAUUGGAGUAUUGGAUAUCUACGGGUUUGAAACAUUUGAGAUAAAUAGCUUUGAACAAUUUUGCAUUAAUUAUGCUAAUGAGAAACUACAGCAACAAUUCAACAUGCAUGUCUUUAAGUUAGAACAAGAAGAAUAUAUGAAGGAACAAAUUCCAUGGACUCUCAUAGAUUUUUAUGACAAUCAACCCUGUAUUAACCUUAUAGAAGCAAAACUGGGUAUUCUGGAUUUGUUGGAUGAAGAAUGCAAGAUGCCUAAAGGUUCAGAUGACACAUGGGCCCAGAAGUUAUACAACACACAUUUGAACAAAUGUGCACUCUUUGAAAAACCCCGUAUGUCCAACAAAGCUUUUAUCAUUCAGCACUUUGCUGACAAAGUUGAAUACCAAUGCGAAGGCUUUUUGGAGAAGAAUAAAGAUACAGUUUUUGAAGACCAAAUUAAAGUUCUUAAAUCAAGCAAGUUUAAAAUGCUCCCAGAAUUAUUUCAAGAUGAUGAAAAAGUCAUUAGUCCCUCUUCAGCUACCCCUUCUGGACGUACUCCCCUUUCCAGGACUCCAAUAAAGCCAACCAAGGUCAAACCAGGCCAAUCAACCAAAGAGCAUAAGAAAACUGUGGGACAUCAGUUCAGAAACUCUCUACAUCUGCUGAUGGAGACCCUCAAUGCUACAACUCCCCAUUAUGUGCGCUGUAUUAAACCAAAUGACUUCAAGUUUCCAUUUACGUUUGAUGAAAAGCGGGCGGUACAGCAGUUGAGGGCAUGCGGCGUCUUGGAAACCAUCCGAAUUAGUGCAGCAGGCUUUCCCUCCAGGUGGACAUAUCAAGAAUUUUUUAGUCGCUAUCGUGUCUUGAUGAAGCAAAGAGAUGUACUUAGUGAUAGGAAGCAGACGUGCAAAAAUGUAUUAGAGAAACUGAUACUGGAUAAAGAUAAAUACCAGUUUGGUAAGACCAAGAUAUUUUUCCGAGCGGGGCAAGUGGCUUAUUUGGAAAAAAUAAGGGCAGAUAAGUUGAGGGCUGCCUGCAUCCGCAUUCAGAAGACAAUUCGGGGCUGGUUGUUGCGGAAGAAGUACCUCCGUAUGAAGAAGGCGGCAAUUACUAUUCAGAGAUAUGUUCGAGGCUACCAGGCGCGAUGCUAUGCCAAGUUUUUGCGCAGAACCAAUGCAGCCACUGUCAUUCAGAAGUACUGGCGAAUGUAUGUGGUCCGAAAAAGGUACCAAACCAGACGAGCAGCCACCAUCAUUCUCCAGUCUCACUUACGAGGCUAUAUGGCUAGAAAUAGAUUUCGUAAGAUCCUUCGUGAACAUAAGGCCAUCAUCAUCCAGAAGCAUGUGCGUAGCUGGCUGGCUCGGCUGCACUACAAAAGGUGCCUAAAGGCCAUCGUCUACCUCCAGUGCUGUUUCCGACGAAUGAUGGCCAAGAGAGAGUUGAAGAAGUUAAAGAUUGAGGCUCGCUCUGUUGAGCGCUACAAGAAGCUACAUAUUGGUAUGGAAAAUAAGAUUAUGCAGCUACAACGCAAAGUUGAUGAACAGAACAAAGAUUACAAAUGCCUGCUGGAGAAGCUCACCACCUUGGAAGGGACAUAUAACUCAGAAACUGAAAAACUACGCAAUGACCUGGACCGCCUUCACCUCAGUGAGGAGGAGGCCAAGAUUGCCACAAGUAAGGUCCUCAGUCUCCAAGAAGAGAUCACGAAGCUCCGGAAAGACUUAGAUCGAACUCGGUCAGAGAAAAAAACUAUUGAGGAGAAGGCGGACAAGUACAAACAAGAAACAGAGCUGCUGGUGUCAAAUCUAAAAGAAGAAAAUACAUUGCUGAAAAAGGAAAAAGAGACACUCAACCAUCUUAUUUCUGAGCAGGCAAAGGAAAUAACAGAGACCAUGGAGAAGAAGUUAAUAGAAGAAACAAAACAGUUAGAACUUGAUCUAAAUGAUGAAAGGUUGAGGUACCAGAACCUUCUGAAUGAAUUUAGUCGUCUAGAGGAGCGGUAUGAUGAUCUCAAGGAAGAGAUGACCCUCAUGGUGCAUGUACCUAAGCCAGGACACAGAAGAACUGACUCUACCCACAGCAGCAAUGAAUCUGAAUAUACAUUUAGCUCUGAAAUUACAGAGACUGAAGACAUUCCAUUUAGGAUGGAAGAGCCAAGUGAAAAGAAGGCACCUCUGGACAUGUCCUUGUUCCUUAAGCUCCAGAAGAGGGUAACUGAAUUAGAACUGGAAAAGCAAUCCAUGCAAGAUGAACUGGACCGAAAGGAGGAGCAGUUGCUCCGAAGCAAGGCUAAGGAAGAAGAAAGACCUCAGAUUAGAGGUGCUGAACUGGAAUAUGAAUCACUCAAGCGUCAAGAACUGGAAUCAGAAAAUAAGAAACUAAAGAAUGAGCUGAAUGAGUUACGUAAAGCCCUCAGUGAAAAAGGUGCUCCAGAAGUGACUGCUCCAGGUGCUCCUGCCUACAGAGUCCUCAUGGAGCAGCUGACUUCGGUCAGUGAAGAGCUGGAUGUUAGGAAAGAAGAAGUCCUCAUCCUGAGGUCUCAGCUGGUGAGCCAGAAAGAGGCCAUUCAGCCCAAGAAUACAAUGACAGAUUCCACAAUCCUUUUAGAAGAUGUACAGAAAAUGAAAGACAAAGGAGAAAUUGCACAGGCAUACAUUGGACUGAAGGAAACAAACAGAUCAUUCCCUAUGGAUUGCCAUGAGCUGAAUGAGGAUGAAGAGCUGUGGCUGGUUUAUGAAGGGUUAAAACAAGCCAACAGACUCUUGGAAUCUCAACUCCAGUCCCAGAAAAAGAGCCACGACAAUGAAACGGAGGCAUUACGGGGAGAGAUUCAGAGUCUAAAGGAGGAAAAUAAUCGCCAGCAGCAGCUAUUGGCUCAGAACCUACAAUUACCACCUGAGGCCCGGAUCGAAGCCAGCCUUCAGCAUGAGAUUACCCGGCUGACAAAUGAAAAUUUGUAUUUUGAGGAAUUAUAUGCAGCUGACCCUAAGGAUUAUCAAUCAUAUCGGAUAUCACUUUACAAACGGAUCAUUGAUUUGAUGGAACAACUUGAAAAACAGGAUAAGACUGUCCGGAAACUGAAGAAACAGCUGAAAGUAUUUGCUAAGAAAAUUGGAGAACUGGAAGUGGGACAGAUGGAGAACAUAUCCCCUGGGCAGAUCAUUGAUGAACCUAUCCGUCCAGUGAACAUUCCCAGGAAAGAGAAGGAUUUCCAAGGAAUGUUGGAAUAUAAGAAGGAUGAUGAGCAAAAACUUGUCAAGAAUCUCAUCCUGGACUUGAAACCACGUGGAGUAGCUGUCAAUUUGAUCCCUGGGUUGCCAGCCUACAUUCUAUUUAUGUGUGUCCGACAUGCUGACUACCUGAAUGAUGAUCAGAAAGUGAGGUCAUUGCUGACAUCAACAAUUAACAGCAUUAAAAAAGUUUUGAAGAAAAGAGGUGAUGAUUUUGAAACCGUUUCCUUCUGGCUUUCGAAUACCUGCCGAUUUCUGCACUGUUUGAAGCAAUACAGUGGAGAAGAGGGCUUUAUGAAGCAUAAUACUCCUCGCCAGAAUGAACACUGCCUCACCAACUUUGACCUGGCUGAGUACCGACAGGUGCUGAGUGACUUGGCAAUUCAGAUCUACCAGCAGCUUGUCCGAGUCUUAGAAAACAUCCUGCAGCCAAUGAUUGUUUCUGGCAUGCUGGAGCAUGAAACCAUCCAGGGAGUGUCAGGAGUGAAGCCCACGGGGCUCCGCAAGAGGACCUCCAGCAUUGCAGACGAAGGCACCUAUACGUUGGACUCUAUCCUUCGGCAGCUGAACUCCUUCCAUUCCGUCAUGUGUCAGCAUGGCAUGGACCCAGAACUGAUCAAGCAAGUGGUCAAGCAGAUGUUCUACAUUGUGGGUGCCAUUACUUUGAAUAAUCUUCUCCUGCGAAAGGAUAUGUGCUCUUGGAGCAAGGGCAUGCAGAUCAGGUACAAUGUCAGUCAAUUAGAAGAAUGGCUCCGUGACAAGAAUCUGAUGAAUAGUGGGGCCAAAGAAACCUUAGAGCCCCUCAUUCAAGCUGCCCAGCUUUUGCAAGUGAAAAAGAAAACAGAUGAAGAUGCUGAAGCCAUUUGUUCCAUGUGUAAUGCUUUAACUACUGCACAGAUUGUAAAAGUUUUGAAUUUGUAUACUCCAGUUAAUGAAUUUGAGGAAAGAGUCUCCGUAUCAUUUAUACGUACUAUACAGAUGCGUUUACGAGACAGGAAAGACUCUCCUCAGCUGCUCAUGGAUGCGAAACAUAUUUUCCCUGUUACCUUUCCUUUUAACCCAUCCUCCCUUGCGCUAGAAACGAUUCAGAUCCCCACCAGCCUGGGUUUGGGGUUCAUUGCGAGAGUCUGAACCAGGACCCAAACACAGGCAGAUGCUGCUGACAAUAGUUUCUUGCUUGAAAUAAGAACCCAUUAUUUCCAGUGAGCUACUGAAAACACAUUUUUUUUAAAGGAAAAAAAAAACUGCAUAUUUCCCCAACUAUAGGUGGAUAACUGGAAAUCUCCUUAGAAUACCUGGACUGCCCUGGAUAGAAAAGCAUGCUCUUGUAUGACACAUCGCUUUCAGAGUGACAUUUCCAUAUCCAACCUUUAGGCAUCCAGAGUUGGAAUUCAGAUGAAUGGUGAGAAAGAAACAGUCAUCAACUGCCAGACUCCAUUUUAAAUCCUUAGCACCUCCUUUAAAUAGCAUAAAUUAAUACAUAAUCCAUCUGUGAGUUAUUGAUAGACAGGGAGCAAAGAGGACCACCACCAGGCUAAAUGAAAGAUCUGAAAGAAAGAGAAACUGUAGUUAAAUACGUAGUAAUUAAGGCAUCAAUUAUGUUUAUAACUUGUCAAACUGGAAUGGAGAAAUAAACUGGCAAACUAUGAAGUAAUUUUUCAAAUAACUUCCUUAUUUGUGAUUAUGUCACUAUAAUAUAAAGUGUGAGAUAUCAAGAGAUUUCUUGACUUACUGUGUAGCGUAGGUCUUCUUUGGUUGGUACUCUAGUUUUACCAGGCAUUUUAAAUUGUUGCUGCUUAUAGUGUUCUUUUUAAUGUACACAGUAUUCUUCUUAGGCACUACAGUAAUAAUAUUCUCUUUUAUCAACUUUGUUUACAAUCCAAUACAGUCCAUUAUUCUAACUGGAUCAUAUGCAAUUGUCAGCAAAUAUCAGCUACAUAAGAAAAUGGUAACCAAGCACAAGUAGCACACUGGAAGUAACAGGCUAGUUUUUGUUUAAGGAGUCUUAUUCAAAUAUUUGAUAUGUAAGAGAUAGAAUUAACAAAAUGCUUUUUCUUAUUUAUUCAAAAUUAUGUUAACAGAGAUGUGUGUGAAUAUGUGUGUGUGUGUGUGUGUGCAUACACACACACACCUCCAUAUAAUGUUUUUGCUGGGUUGAUAUCACUUAAGUCUUCUGUCAAGUGUCUGGUUUUAAAUGUUGAUUGAGAUGCCUACAGUGCAUGUUUUUAACUUUCGAUUUCAUUUUCUUUGGUUUAUUUCUUCAAAAUGUAAUCUCAGUCAGGUAUGUAGAAAAGAAGGUUGGAAUGUAAUCAUGAUCCAGAUUUGCAUGAUUGUCGUGAGACAGAUUAGUCUAUAAAUUAAAAAUAAGAAAAUAAGAAAAAUAAGAAAAGAAAAACAAUAAAUACUUACACUCUACCUUUACAAUUACUGCAUCUGCUCUCAGAUAUCCCUAGACUUUAAGAAGGCAUCAUGCUUGGAAGUUGGAUGUUAUUCAGUUCUGCAAAGGAUUUUGUUCUCAAGUACCAAAAUCUGUAAGGAAAAGUUGAAUGCUGUACUUCUAAUUUACAUCCUCUCCAGAAUAUUUUUUUUCCUCAGAUCACGUAGUAAAAUUAAACUCUCAUUUUGAGAUAUACAAAAACAAAUCUUCAGGUUUUCACCACAAGCUCUAGUCUCAAGUAGUGUUUUGUGAUCAGAGGACAUAACUGUUAGAUACUUUUGUAAGAUUACCUUAUUGAAGUAUACUGUGAAAUAUUGUGAUGAGAAAAUGAAUAUUUUCAAUUUAAUGACAAAGCUUAUUAUGAAAAGAAAAAUACUGUAUUGUUGUCACUUCAUCGACUAGGCCUUAGCUUCCUCAUUGAUAAACUAAGGGAACUGCUGUAGAUAAAGGGCCUACAUAUUUUUUCAAUGGUAGACUGAUGAGAUGAGAAACCCUUGGGAGUGUGAACCACAUGAAAUCCUACAAUUAAAAUUGCCAGUUGAUCCCAUCCUUCUGGCAUGAUACAUGGCAGCAGUCAGCUCCACCAGGGUGUGAGCAGACAGGUGAUUCAUACCUUCCAGCCUACUCUUUUCAUAAGUCAAGAAAACAAAAACAUUUGGAGUUAAAAAAUCUUAGCUAGACCCCUGGAAUGGGUUCAGACUGGCCAUUAGUUGGAUAUCUCAGCUUCAGAUCCUCCCUCCCCCUGCUUUUUCCUCCCCCCCUCCCAAAUCUGACAAGCAGUUCCACUGGAUUAUACGUGUAUCAUUGUUCAAAACUAUUUCUGUGUUAUUCAUAUCUGCAAUAGUGAGAUCCUUUAACAUCAAAACCCCAGUCAUAUCCCUGUCAUGUUAUGUGAUCGAUCACAUAUUUUUCUAACGCAUUUCCAUUUCCACAGUUCUUUCUCUGGAUGCGACUCUAGUAUUUUUAUAAUGGAAGCUUGAAAUCUAAUUUAUGAAGCCAGUUUGCCAUCUGCUGGACAGACUAGAAUGCAUCAGUUCUUAACUUCGAAAACUUCAAAACUAAAGCUAUUGGCUUCACCAAGAAUAAGAAUAGAAAGAAUGUCAGGAAGUGGAUGUCAACAAGAAUUUGGAUGAACAUUUGCUUGAAGACAUGCUAUGACGUAGAAAGAAUCUUCUUAAAGACAACCCCCAAGAUGAUUAACAUAAAUAUAUAGACAUAUGGCAUAUCUACACCAAGACUGUGUGAUUCUCUGGCCCAGUGCUUCGAGGUGGCUUGCAAUAAAUCAGGAAUCAUCUGUACAUUUGAAAAGGAAUAUUUUUGUCCGGCACAUGAUCUGACUUUAUAUUCUUGGCUAACUUAAUUUGGGUACUUUAUAGAAAUAUCAAUUUUCUUCACUUUGAGUGUUCUUAAAUGAAAAACAAAUGUAACAUACUACUUCACCUAGAUUUUCACUCCUUGAUUAUUGAUUUAUCUUUGAAAACUGCGUGACAUAUCUUCAAGCAAAUCUCUAUUUAAAUUCCUGUGUAUCACUACUUAAUUAAAUGCUCAGGUACUAUCUCUUUCUGUAUUGUUACUCCUGUAUUAAACCUGUUAGUUCAAUAGGAACUAGAGGGAAAGACUUUUUAAACUAAAAAAAAAAAUUAAUUCUCUCCCCUAUCCCAAGUAUGAUGUGUACUUCAAUGCUGGAAGAUUAGAGAAACAAAUAUGUGCAUGAAACUAGUCUUUCAUAUCAAUCCUAGAGGAGAUGCUAUCCUUUACCCAGCACACACCAGGAAACAUGGGGCUAUGCUAGGAAUGCUUAGCAAAUUUCCCAACUCUUCUUGCAUAAGGUCUUAUAGUUAUUAGUUAUUUUGUCUUUUAUUUUUAAUUCUAAAAACACUAAAAUACCCACGAUACAGACUUAAGUUUAAAUGAUUCACAAAUUAUUUGCAGUUUGGAGAUUCUUUACUUCCUAGAGAAUAUUUGAGCUGUAGGUUAUUGUUUUACAACAAAUUCUGAGGAAUGGGGCAUUAAAAUGCUUUGUUGUCUUGGAAUUUUGUUGCUAUCAUUAGAGCUAGAAAUUUCAUCUUCAGUGCCCAGGACCACCUUCUUUGGGUUCAGUGUUGCCCAGUUUCUCAUUGCUGUAGGGAUCAGCAAAUAUUAGAGUGAUUCCUCUAAAAACCUCCAAGGUGAGAGAAAUAGCAAAAUAAGGUUGAUAUUUGUAAAAUGCUUUAUAGUGUUCAAAACGUUUUGUUCAUGUCAAAUCUGAACUUUACCAUGGGCUUGUCAAUGAGCUGAGGAAAGGCAGAAGAGUGACUUACUAGUGAAAGUCUCAUACAGUCAAGGACAGAACCAAUAUUAAGAACCCAGGUCUUUGGAAUCCUAUUCCAAUUUGUUUUACACUACAUAAGCAGGAAGUGGGAAGAGGAAAGUGAGGACAUUAUGUAGUGAUGAUUUUGAAUUGGUUUCUAUGAUGAUGUUUCUUAAUUCAAUAAGCAUUUAUUAAGUCCCAACCAUGAACUAGGAACUAUGCUAAAUGCUGGGGAUGCCACGCUACCAUCCCUGUUAUUAAGGAGCUUCUAUUUUACCAUGAUAAAAUAUUUACCAGAUGUAGAUAAGCAAAUACAAGGUCAUUGGUAGGAGAAUGGAGUCCACUUGGAACUAGAGGGUGGAGGAAAACCAAGAAAAGCUUCCUCUAGGAGACAGCGCUUGAGUGGGGCUAGAAUUUCAAGAGGUGAGGAGAGAGCAUUUCAAGCCAUAGGAUGUGGAAGGGAAGAGGAACACCCUGUGCCAAAGCUGGCUGCUGGGUUACACAGUCAGCUAUUAGAUUGUUUUUUCCUAUCAUGGUCAUAAAAACUGGGAGAAAGCAAGCAUGUGCUAUAUGCUUUAUAUGAACGAUUCAUUAGAAUGAGCUCCAAGUACUAUUACUCAAGUCUUGGAUAGUUAUAUUUUUGUGAAGAGUCACAGCUAUUAUAAGGAUAUAUAUAUAUAGAGAAUUUGACUUGUAUGAUAAGUUAAUGAUCCCUGUAACCACUCAGCCUCAUCAUGUGCAGAACAAUUACGUUUCAAGCAGUAAUUAGCCAUAGAGAGGAUUGGCAUCAAAAAUGCCCUUGGGCUGAAGGCUGACUGGCAGGAAAAUGGUCCAUUUCACUAAUACCAAUUCAAAGCCUUCUAGUCUACAUUUGCAGUGGUCUUAGAACGAUGCUGGAUCUUGGAUAUUGUCCAGUUAGGCUCCUACAAUAGCAGGCAUCCGCUGUAGCUUUGGGACCUAGAGAAAAGUGGUAGGGCACCAGGACAGCAUUUGAAGAACAGCCAAUGGUCAGACUACCAAUGUGCAUAUAAUUAGGGGUAAGAGCUCCUAGCCAGUCAAUACUGCAUUUCUUUGGGUAGUAGUUUCUUUGGGGAGUGAAAAGUAUGUCUAAGCAUGAAAGUGCAUAAGAGAAGUUCAUGUAUCUAGCUGGCUACAUAUUUAUGGAGAUUUAUGGAUAAGCAUAAUUUAUUAGGGGGGCCAGCGACCCCACUUCUGCUAUUUUCCCUUACAGAGCUUCCUUAAAUUCUCUUUUACUGUUUCUCUAUGAAGAUGGACCUGUCAAGGGAAGUUGUUGAGGCCUUUUUCUCAUUUGUUUGUGUGUGUAUUUGUGUGUGUGUGUUCCAUAUUUGAGGAAGCCAGUGUGGCUUCCUAGUAUCCUUCCUUUCUUCUUUUUUCUUUCUUUCCCCCACCUUUAUCCUUACUGACAUCAUCUGUAGACUAUGAACAAGAGCAUCAGUCAUAGUAGAAAAGCAAUCUAUGAGCCAAGGGAAGUCUGAGGUCAAUGAUGGUACCUGAACUAGUUUAUGAACACAUUCAAGAAAUACAGAGAUAGGACAAAGACUUUUGAUUGUAGUUUUGUUUCUCAUCUUCCAAAAAGUAUCAUGUCUUAAAGGUCAAGAAUAUAAUGUUUUUAACCCUUCAGUGUGUAUUAUAUUUUCGAAAGAAAGUUUGGCUAAAAUCAGGUAAUAAUGUUGUAUAUGGUAUAUUUUACCCAUUAUUAGGAUAGUAAAAAAAUUUUAACUUGAAAUUAUAACAUCUGUUUCUUAUAGGUCAAGAACUGAGAAAUGCUGAAUGAAAAUAUUUUUGUGAUUUUUAAGUGUUUGUUUUAUAAUUUUCAUGUAUAUGAAAAUUGUGGUUUAACUUUGUAGGUGUCAUUGUUGGACUCCAAGAUUAAUUGUCAUUUCUUUUAUAUCACAUUGUGUUGCUGGAUGUAUUUUGAAGGACAAUGUUUUUUAAGUUAGAAUUUGUGUAUUUUAUAAUUUACAUAAUGCAUGGCAGGUCAAUAUUUUUACAUGCAUUUUUCAGAGGCAAGAGUUUCUAAAAAUGAAUUAGAAAUGACCAUGUAUGUGUAACUUUAGUGCUAAAUUUAAGCUAUCUGUUUAAUGUGAACAUCCAAAAUAUUUACAUUUUUUUCUUGAAAGAUAAAUGGUCCCUCAUUAUGUAGAAAUGUUAUCAGAUGUUAAUAAUGUAUGGUUCCUGGUAAAGUUGUUUUUUUGUUAGAAUAUUUAAUUGUGGCUUUCUUUCUUAAAAUUUAUAAUGGCUCAAAAUGUGUUGCACAAAAACUAGCUGACUGAAUUUAACUCAUGCUCCAGUUGCUGUUUUACUGAGAUUCUUAGAAUUGUGCAUCUUUUAAUAAGUGUUUUUGCAGACAUUGUUCUGUGUUUCAUCAAAGAGUCUACCCUAUUGAAUUUAAAGGGAUGGCCUAAUUUGUGUUAUAUGUGAGAUGUAAUAGAGUUCAUCUUUGAAACAUUCAUUCCAUUAAAGAGAAAAUAGAAGUGCUGAGAAGCUGAUGGUCAUUAUCAUUUAAUUCCAAUUCGAAACUGAAGAAAUUUCAGCAUAUUACAUAAGAAUUAGUUUUUUUAAAGGAAAGUUGAUAAUUCACCUCAUCUCAACCAAGGGCCUUUGAAAAAUGGGUUUUUACUCGAUAUCACUAUGAACUUAGAGGAAAACCAAAACUAUCAAUAUGACAUAUAUGCUCUAAGCUAUUGUAGUUGUCUGAUGUUGUACUUAGUCAAUGUGUGCAUCAAAAAACACUGUAUUCCUAGUUACCAUAGAAGAAAAUUGUUCAAAUAAAGAUACAGAUAUGUU